ACAUUUUGUCCUACAUUUCUUGUUCUUCUUGUGGUUCCAAAGAAGACUCGUCAUACAAUUAAAAUUUGCCACCUUUAGGUAUCCAUAGAUUCUCCAACUGUAUCCAAUUAUCUCUCCCCUGCCACUGCCCCUCUUCUUCUCCACUAUUUAUAAGCACACCCAUUGUAAGCACAAACCAAGCCCUUCAACCAACAAAACCUCCAUCUUUUAAGCUUGUUAGAUAUGUCUUCAAGCUAUCAAGCUUCAAGAAACUCGAGCUCCUCUUGGACACCAAGAGAAAACAAAAUGUUUGAAAAGGCUUUAGCUUUGUAUGAUAAGGAAACACCUGAGCGGUGGCAAAAUAUAGCCAAAGCUGUUGGCGGCAAAUCGCCUGAAGAAGUUAAAAGACACUAUGAACGCCUUAUCGAAGAUGUUAAGCAUAUUGAGUCUGGUCAUGUUGCUUUUCCUAAUUAUAAGUCCGGUGGAAGCCGCACCAAUUACUGAUAAUUAAAAAGAAAG